CCCAGGGUUUCGCUCCAACUCCAAAAGCGUUUCCACCCACUUCACUCAAUCUCCUUGAAUUUGCACCGAAUGAACCUACUGAAUUCUCGACGCAGUGCGGUCAUCAAUACUUCGCUGGACUAAAACAUCACUCUUCAAUCUCCGUGUUUGGUUCAAAUCGUCUCGGUGACCGCUGAAGCUUCUCGGCCUAGCCUAGCUUAGCAUUGCUUGCUAGCCGCUAGCAAAGAGACUCGUUUGCGAUCAAGUGUGAGCCUAAAGUCUUGUCAUUGUCGUGUGAACAUGUGCUCAAGAAGGACAGAAGAGUACGAGGAGGAGCUUUGUGGAACAGAAGAGGAGGACGAGCGACAUUGUCAACCACUGAACGCCGUUUUCAAGAAGCCUCGAGUUGGGUUACACACGGCAGACAUCAGUGAAAAAUACCUUCGUCCUGAGCAGCAGGAGAUGGAUAUCCCUCACAUGAACAUGAAAGAACCAGAGCACCCACAGGAGGAAGAACCCUCUCAGAUUAAAGCAGAGGUGGAGUCAGUGCAUCCUCACUUCAAAGAGGAGGAGGAAGAGUGCCCAUACAUUAAAGAGGAGGAAGGGCAGCCUUACAUUAAAAACGAGAAGGAGCCAGAGCACCCUCACAAAGAGAUGGAAGACCUUCCUCACAUGAAAAAUAAAGCAGUGCUGGACUCCCCACACAUUAAAGAAGAGGAGGAAGAGCCCCCAUACAUUAAAAAGGAGUAUAAUAUCACCAGUAUGCAAUCGAUAGGCGUUCCUUUGCAGAGUAAAGAUGAAGAUAAAGGUCAAAGUGAGGCGAUCAGAGGUACAAAGCCUCCAAGCAGUAGAAGCUCAACUCAAAACAUGACAACAGAAGUUGAUGGAAACUACUCUGGAGGAUCACAGGCAGACAGCCUCUUAGCUCCACUAUCAGAUAGUGAUGAGACAACAUCACAUACUCACGAUGAUGAUGUUUAUAAUGAUGAAGAAAACUCUAAAAGUGAUACGACAUGUCACAUUGACAACAAACACUGGGAAUGUUCUCAGUGUGGGAAAACAUUAAGUUCAAAGUCUAAUUUGAAAGUACACAUGAGGACACACGCUGGUGAAAAACCUUUUGCCUGCUCAAUUUGUGGUAAAAAAUUCUCUUCAAAAGCAUAUCUAAAAAUACACACAAGGUCACACACUGGUGAGAAUCCUUUUACGUGCUCUGUUUGUGGUCAAACAUUCUAUCUGGAGGUAAACUUGAUAAAACAUACUAGAACCCACACUGGAGAGAAACCUUUUGCCUGCACAGUUUGCGGUAAAUUUUUCUCUGAAAGGGGAAGCUUAAAAACACACACAAGAAUACACACUGGUGAGAAACCUUUUGUCUGCUCAUUUUGUGGUCUAACAUUCUCUCAGAAACAAAACUUAAAAAAGCAUACUCAAACCCACACUGGAGAGAAACCUUUUUCCUGCUCAGCCUGUGGCCAAAGAUUCUCUCAGAAGGGGACCUUAAAAAUACAUUUAAGAACACACACUGGAGAGAAACCUUUUGUCUGCUCAUUUUGUGGUAAAAGAUAUUCUGGAAAGGGAAGCUUAAAAGAACACACUAGAACGCACACUGGGGAAAAACCUUUUACCUGCUCAGUUUGUGGUCAACAAUUUUCUGUAAAGAGAAAAUUAAGCAUACACACAAUAACACACACCGAGGAGGAGCCUUUUGCUUGCGCAGUUUGUGGUAAAAGAUUCACGCGCAAGGGAAGCUUAAAUGCACACACAAGAAGAACACACUCUGGUGCAAAACUUUUUUCCUGCUCAUUUUGUGGCCAAAGAUUCUCUCAGAAAGGAACGUUGACAAUACACACAAGAAUCCACACUGGUGAGAAGCCUUUUGCCUGUUCAGUUUGUGGCCAAAGAUUCGCUCAAAAGGGAAGGUUAACAAGACAUUCAAGAACACACACUGGAGAGAAACCUUUUGCAUGCUCAGUUUGCGGUCAAAGAUUCUCUCUGAAGGCAAACUUAAGAAGUCACUCAAGAACACACACUGGAGACAAACCUUUUGCCUGCUCAGAUUGUGGUCAACGAUUCUCUGACACGGGAAGUUUAGGAAGACACAAAAGAAUGCACACUGGAGAAAGACCUUUCACCUGUUCAGUUUGUGGCAAAAGAUUCUCUCAUAAAGUAACCUUAAAAAAUCACACAAAAACACACACGGGAGAAAAACCCUUUGCCUGCUCAGUUUGUGGACAAAGAUUUUCUCAGAAAGGCACCUUGACAUUACACACAAGAACCCACACUGGUGAGAAACCUUUUGCCUGCUCAGUUUGUGGGCAACGAUUCACUCAAAAGGGACACUUAAGAUGUCACAUACGAGCACACACUGCGGAGAAACCUUUUUCCUGCUCACUUUGUGGCCAAAGAUUCUUUCAGAAGCAACAGGUUAAGGGACACAAAUGUGUUGGUGAGAAUAGCAGUGAUCAAUGAAGGUUUUGCCUCUCAUCUGAGCAAGCUUCAUGAGUUCAUGCACCAAGGAUGAUUGUAUUCUUUGUACCUUCUUGUGUUAAAACACUUGUAGCAGUACACGUGCGUUGUCCAGUGUUUUUGUGACGUGCAUAUCGAAUGAGCAAACGAUUGAAAUAGCGGAAACUGACUCUUUGGGGUACGAUGGAAAACUGUAUGUGAUCCUGAAUAAAUUGGACAUACAUUUUGGAAUGAAAUGUAUUAUGUCAAUAUAUCACACUGUAUCAUUUCUCAUCUAUGUAUUUGUAUUUGCUUUUGAUUUGAUUUGUUUUACUCUGCUCUCUACUCCCAGGUCAGCCUUUCUAAUUAGAUUAUAUCCCCAAUUGCCUUACCUGGAUGAAUAUAGGUUGGGAAAAAAAUGUACCGGUACAACUUUUUAAACAGUGAGAGUUACUUGCAUAUCAAGUAAGGAGCUUCAACGAUGAUGAAUAUGCAGGUGGCCAUAUUAGCAGCCAGGACGUUAUACAAUGAGGUGGCGCGCUGUGUUAGAUAAAGGCAUGUUAUCCCUCCAGAUUUCAGAGCCACAAAUAUUCAAUCGGACUCUUCCACAUGCCACGGCUGUUGGUAGAUACUUUGUUUGUUGACCAAUAAAGCCGUCUUCGUCAAUGA